UUUUGCAGUUUUGCUACGGUUUUGCUGUGCUUCAUAAACGCAGUACCUAGGUUAGAGGCUUCCAGUGUGAUUCCUUCUUUGAACUGUCAACAAAUCAAUCUGCUGUCGUUAAAAAAAUAAAAAUAACAUAAUAUUAUCAACUAAGUACCUACAUACUUACUGGGUGAAUAUUUAUCAGAUAACUUACGUCAAACACUACAAUGGGUGCAGAACAAUCAAGCUCAAGUAAAGCAAGAGAGGCCAAUUCUAAGUUUACCAAAGAUGAGGUAAACAGAAUGUUGGAGCAACAAAAGAGACUGUUUGAUGAGCGAUUCCAACAAUUAUUAAAGUUAAACUUAGAUCCCACUGAUGCUCGAGAGACUGCCAAGCAAGAAGCUCGUAAUGAAGUCGAAAGACUAAUGAGAGAGAAGGAAAGGGAACUAGACAGACAAAGGCAGCAACAAAGUCCCCUUGGACUUGGAUCCCUUUAUCGAACACCCGUAACAUUGGAAAGAGAAAGAGCACCUUACAGCUUUCCUGGAGAAAAUCUCGCGAGGGAAUUUACAACCGUACCGUCAACCUCAGAUCCUUUUGUUAGUAUUUACCCAAAUCUUGGAAAUGCAGCAUCAAGCUCUUCGGCUGCACCGAGUUCUGAAAGAUCAGUUCCAUCUGCUCCGCCAGCUCCCAGAAAUAGAUCCGUUUCCAGGAACCGCACUGGCAAGGCUACGCGUAACACUAAGGCUGAAGACGACGUUAAAUGCCCGACUUGCAAAAAUCAUUACACUUCAACCAUUUUUCAGUGCCAAACUGGGCACAGCUCAUGCUUGCACUGCAAAAACCGUAUGGCCCGUUGUGGCAUCUGUGGUGGCCCAAUUACCAACAUGAGGAAUAUCGAUCUGGAACAUUACGUUGCCCAGAGGACACAACCUUGUCCAAACAAAGAUGACGGCUGCAGAUUGUCCUUCAAGUUGAGUGACAUGGACGGUCAUUUAAUCGAGUGCCAAUAUCGCGUGAUGAAUUGCCCUCUUGCGGCGAUCUUUGGACAAUGCAGUUGGCGUGGAAAAGUCACACAAAUGGCGUCCCACUUUGACGAAGUCCACCAAAUGCACCGUCAGGGCAACGUCGACACAGAAAUGCGCUUACUCAACGUAUCCAACGACAACCACAUCGUGUACUACGUGGUUAUAGGAACCUUUAACUUCCUUUUCCAUGUCAAAGUGUGUAAGGGAGAGGGCAUGAUGUACAUGACGGUACAACUAAUCGGCAGCCAACAUAGCGCUUCGAAAUGGGGUUACGAAAUCCACAUUUACAACAAAGCAGAACCCCGGAGGAAGUUUGAGUAUAAGGAUACGUGCAACCCUAUAAACACACCAAUCAAUACCAUCGUAACCAUUUCCAAAUGUGCGGUAAUCCCUCUGUCGUACGCAAAUACUUUCCUGAACAACGGCGCUAUUACUUACAAGUUCUAUAUUAGAAAAGAGAAUGAGGGUAAUAACAACAAUUUCGGGAAUAACAACCGCGGACGUGGGCCAAGACGUCGUUAAAUAAAUUACAACAGCAGAUAACAAGAUAAAUCUUAUCAUGAAACUCUGAAAUGCUGGACAUUGGUUACCUACACUUAGAAAAUCUGCUUUUGAACAUAAACAAUAAUUAUUUGAUUUUGCAUGAUUUGAUGACAUGGCCCUUAUUAAAUGGGUUAUUAUUUGCUUAUUUUUAAUUCGUAAGAACCUAUAAGAUUAGUCUUACAACAAUAAGGGAAUAUUAUAGAUGGACGAUGUUCCUGUUGUAUGUCAUCUACAAACAUGACAUACUAAAACGAGGAAGUUUAGCAAAAUAAAAAUUAAUACCUUCUUUAUGAUUCAGCAUUAAGAUAAGUACAUUAUUAUUGCAUUAAGCUAAUGAUUUUAUUGUACGAGUAGACAAGGUCCUAAGGACCUAUUGCACAGACUUGGCAUAGUACCGUCUGUUUUUGAAAGCUGUGGAAGUGUUUUUUGGAACAAAAUUGCAGAAAAGUCAAUAAGAAAUAGAAUCCCAAUAAUAAUAUGAUACUUUCAUACCACUUGUAUCACACAAAAAGGGUGUUACCACGGGUUACCUACCAUCCAUCCGGAGGUCUCCGUACUUUUAUUGAUCUUUUCCAAAUAUUAAACAAUGUACGGUGAAUGUUUUUAUAUUACACAUUUGGGGAUAACCCCAUUGUCAUAACAAUCCCUGGAUGGUAACUCUUAUUAACUUGACUUGUUUGUAGGACUUCCCAUUGGAAGCAAAAAAUUAAGAAUCGAUAGCCAGUUAGGGUUUACCUCUGGCAAUUUAGCAGAUAACUACCAAGAAUCUGCUGUAAUACAAAAUGGACACUGCGCCAUUGAAUUAUUAUUUUUCGUUAAUAUGUAAUUACAAAUCAACGAAAUAAAUAUGAUGUAACGUGCUUAAGUAUAUUUAAGUGUACGUUAAAUAUGUUAUCCUACAUUUAUCUAAAGUCUAAGUAGUUAUUUAGAUUGGUUAUAAGAUAAAAGCAUUUAAUGUAAAAUUAAUGUAAGUUACAUUAUUGACUGCCUCAGGUUAGCCUUUACUCGCCUACAUAUUAAUACAUUGGUAAGACAAUACAUUUGUUGGUUUUGUUUUUUUUUUUGUUGUGACGCGACGCUCUGGCUAAUGACGAGUCACUUCAGAAUUCCUACAUAGCACAGUGGACAGAGCAGUCGCCCGGCAAUUCAAAGCUUCAAGUUCAACCACCUGAGGUAGUGGGUUUUUGGAAUAAAAAUCUUGUUUAAGUGAUUAUUUCUAAAUUUUUACUGCUUACACGCAGAAGACAAAAUGUACACCUUCUCUAAAAUAUAUUAUAAUAAGUAAUCUUUAUUUUAGCAACAAAUAUGCGUAGAUUACGUAUUAUUACCCACAUAGCUUGUGUUUUAUAAGUGAAAGUGAAUGUGUAUUGUAUUAUGUAAUUUCAAAUAAAUAUCUUGAUGUUCUAUAAA